AUGUCAGAAGAUACAAUUUCAUUAGGCCAAUACUUGUUUGCAAGAUUGAAUCAAAAACCAAUUGACAUCAAAAACAUCUUUGGUGUUCCAGGAGAUUUUAACUUGGCAUUGCUAGAUAAGAUUGAUGAUAUCAAAGGUAUGAAAUGGGUUGGCAGUGUCAAUGAAUUGAAUGCAGGAUACGCCGCCGAUGGAUACUCGAGAAUUAAGAAUUCCUUUACACCGGAAGGAUCAGCCAUUGGGUGUCUUGUUACUACUUUUGGUGUUGGUGAACUUUCGGCAGUUAAUGCAAUUGCAGGUGCUUACUCGGAACACGUUGGAUUAGUCCACGUUGUUGGUAUUCCAUCGGUUGAGUCUCAAAAGAAGGAAUUGUUGUUGCAUCAUACUUUGGGAAAUGGUGACUUUACUGUUUUCCAUAGAAUUUCUUCGUAUAUUAGUGCCACCACGUCUGCAUUGAGUGACCCAGUCCAUGCUCCAGACGAAAUUGAUAGAGUUAUAGAGUCGGCAUUUGUUAACCAGAGACCUACAUAUUUGGCAUUUCCAUCUAAUUUAGUCAAUGCAAAGGUCCCUGCUAGCAGGUUGGACAAGCCAUUGAACUUGACACCACCACCAAAUGAUCCAAAAGUACAAGAAGAAGUUUUGAGCACGAUUCUUGAAAUGAUUGCCAAGUCAAAGAAUCCAGUGGUUAUUAUCGAUGCCUGUUGCGGUAGACACAAUUCCACUUUUGAGGCAAACAAGUUGAUUCAGUUGACCAACUUUAAAUUUGCCGUCACUCCAAUGGCAAAAGGUGCUAGAGAUAUCGAAGAAAAUGAUCCAAAAUUCAUUGGUGUUUACGUGGGUGACUUAUCCUAUCCAAAGACCAAAGAUUUGGUUGAAAGUUCUGAUUUGGUGUUAUCACUCGGGGCAAUCUUGUCUGACUUCAAUACGGGGGCAUUUUCGUACUCACUAGAUGCUUCAAAGAUUAUUGAAUUCCAUUCGGAUUACACCAAAAUUAAGAAUGCCGAAUACCCCAAGAUCAGAAUGAAGGAACUACUUAGUGCUUUAGUGGCAUCGCCUGAAUUGAAGAAACUCACAGCCAACCACAAGCCACCUACUCUUGAUCUUGACAAAAUGCCUCCAGUCAAGUUACCUGAUGAUCACAAAAUUACCCAGUCCUGGCUUUGGUCCAACUUGGGCUCAUGGUUGAAGGAAGGUGAUGUCAUCAUCUCCGAAACAGGAACUUCCAAUUUCGGGAUCAUUCAAACCAAAUUCCCUAAAAACUGUGUUGGCAUUAGUCAAGUUUUGUGGGGUUCCAUUGGAUAUUCAGUAGGUGCUGCAUCGGGUGCAGUUAUAGCCGCCGAAGAAGUUGAUCCAAGCAGAAGAGUGAUUUUAUUUGUUGGUGAUGGUUCUUUGCAAUUGACGGUACAGGAGCUUUCCACCAUGGUGAGACACCACAACAACAUUUACGUUUUUGUCUUGAACAACAAUGGGUUCACUAUUGAAAGAUUGAUACACGGUAAAACUGCUAGCUACAAUGAUAUUCAAGAAUGGGAAAACACCGAAUUGUUAAAGGUUUUCAAAGGAACCAAUAUUGAAACUCAUAAAGCAUCAAAUAUUAAAGAAAUCUCCGAUUUGUUCAAUGAUAAGGAGUUUGCCAAGAAUAACAAAACCAGGUUAAUUGAACUCAAGUUGGAUACAUUGGACGCACCUGAGAAUUUGGUCAAACAAGCCGAAAUCUCAUCCAAGACCAAUGAUGGUUAA